AGUAGACUCUACUAGCAGCAGAGCGACAGGGAUCGAUCAUCGUACCGACGUCCGUACUUUCACAACUCAGUGACGGCCAGCCUCUCUCAAAUAUCACCCCGCUGUCCCCAGAAAAGGCUUUCCCUUACAUGAACGAAUGCAAGUGGAUAAAUCUGGUGUGUGUGGGAGAAAAUCUGCUUUCAACAGCUGAAUAAUAAGUUCUUCUCGGAAUCAGAGAAGCUUCGUGGCCUGGAUUCCAGUCUCUAUUCUGUGUCCAGUUCAAGCGUUAGAUUUUCGAGUUCUCGAUUGUUCUGAAUCGCUAGCGUGGCUGUAGUGAGUGAUGCAACUCCAGUGCUAGUGCUAGUGCCUUUGGGCCCUUACAUAGCUUGUACUGCGGCAGAAUGGCGGAGGCCGCAGCUGCUGGCGAUGCCUCGACGUUGGACAGCAGUGGUAGCAGCAGAAGCAGUACUGGAGGAAGAAGAGGCCCAAGAGCUGCUGGCGAGGAGCUGAUCCAUGAAGGUUGGUGCGUGAAGGAGAGCGGGACCAAGUUCUGCGGCCGCUACCAAUGGCAGAAGCGCUGGUUUCGACUGGUCACGGACACCCAGGGCCAAUCUCGGUUGUCAUACUACAAGGCCUGCACUGCUGACAGCACGCAGAUGGCUGGGAGUGUCACGUUGGAUCCAUCAUACUGCACUCGUCCAGUGGAGAAGCAGCAUGGAAAAGUACAGCCAUUCUGCUUUGCCAUCGGUCCGCUGGUCGAGGAUGGCCUGAAGAGAACGUACUACGUCAGCUGCGCGUCGGAGCAAAUCCGACAGGAGUGGAUGGAGGUUUUGGACGCUGUUAUAGAGGGAGUUCCGGAAGACGCUCAGCGGCGGAGAGCGACUGUUUCCCAUAGAAUGGCAACCGGCAAUGUUGACAUUGGUGAUGAACCAGGGCAGGGUGAUCAGAAAGUUAACCGACUAUAUGCCGAGCCGAAGGCCCGACUACAGGAAUGGGUAGAGUUGCACCGCAUUGCUGCUGACCAGUCAAUCUGGAAGAAGUCAGACAUGAAGUCUGGCAUACGGGUGUCGCGGGCGCAGUUUGCCGAUCGCAGCUCCUGUGAUCAGAUCAAGAUUGAAGGUGUGGUGAAUGCGUCUGUGGAGUUGCUGUAUACGUUUCUGAAGCAAGCGAGCCAACCGGGUGGAAAGCUUGAUUACCCCUUUCGGCAGGAGGAGGUGCUGGAGGAGUUGGAAGAUGAGCCGGAGGGGCAUGUCUUCUACAACCAGUACAACGUACCGUGGCCACGGAUAUCACAGAGAGAAAUCUGCUGCACGUGUGCUUGGGUGCCAGAGCACAUAUCACCGCCAGAAGUUGGGCCCUCGUGUGGUGCAGUGCUGUAUUCUGUGGAGCACAGGAAGAAGCCACGCAAGCCGGAUGCCUACCGUGUGCGCCUGGAUGCCAGUGGCAUAUUUCUGAAGCAUCACCCAACAGAGAGCGGCCAGGUGGUGACAUACAUGACGGCCGUUGUACAAAUCAACACGAUGACUUCUCUGCAACGCAUGCUACGUGGUGCAUAUAGAAGCGGUCUCCUGAAGAUGGGCUUGCGGUCAGGCUUUGAGCACAUCGUGGAGCAAGUGGAAAACUACCAGCGGAUUAUAAGCGGGUACUAGAGCAUAGCAGCGUGCGUGGCCAGUGACUUGUUAAAAACAAACACGCCCAUGUUACCUAUCUAAGUACCCAAUGCUACCUAGUACCCAAUGCUACCUAAAUACCUACCUAAAUAAGUAUGUACCGGGACUUUGAACCAGGGAGAUGUAAACGUGUAUGACUCAGUGCUUUGAACUGUAGCUAAUGCCUGUAACAGUACAUUUUGUUAGCUAUACGAACAUCAAUUUUGAGCCAAUUGACAACAUUAAUAUUCGAAUCAAAGUCGUUUCUUCUCAUCAUAAAUUGUACACAAUCUUUAUUACUAUACCUGUACCACCAAAUAACACAUUAGUGCAUGCGCACUGAAUGUCGCAUUCAUAUUCCCCAUUCUUCUUAUUGCACUUAGAAGUACACGAGUGCACGCACCCACACUUGUACUUGCUCACUGUCAUAAACUGGUGACGUGGGUCUCCCCGGGAGGGGGGAGAGACUCAAAAGGAAACUUGGAAAGAUGA